GGGUUGUUUCCGGGAGCCAUCAUGACCUCGUCUUCUAAAACUCGGCGUGAACCUCCCCCGCCGAUUUGCAUUCAUUCAUCACCGUUGCUCGAUUUGUCCGCUAAAGCUCUGAGCGAGCCAUCGCUUAGAUUGGUCUGUGUCGUCUGGCUUGGCAGCCGCUUUGGUGUUCUAAACCGCUUGAAUUUCGCUCAGUGUUAUCUUAAACUCCGUUACCAAGAUGAACAAGGAUCAGGAGCAAGCACUGGCAGAGCAAGAGGGAUUGCUUGACGAAUGUAAACUGUAUAGGGGUGAAAAAGAACCAGACACCAAGGAGCCACUUACACAGGAAGAUGAAGAAGAUACAGUUACCGGAUUGCCCGUUGGGCCUGGGCCUGCAACCACAGUUGUAAGUGCCCAGAUGCCUCGCACUCCCUGGUCUACUGGCCUCUUUCAAUGCUUAGGAAAUGGUGACGGACAUUUCAGCAGCGACCUUGAAGUUUGUGUCCUUGGAUUUGCUGCACCAUGUGUUCUGUAUGGCAGUAACAUGGAGCGUUUGUACCCGGCUCCAAGGGUUUUCGUUGAUCACUGUCUGCAUUAUAGUUGGCUUUACUUUCUUGGCUCACUUCUGUUCAAUGCCAACAACAUUGCGCCCUGGAGCUCAGUUAAUUCACGUGUUGCACUUCGUCAAAAGUACAAUUUGGAGGGAUAUGGGAAUUACUGUCUCGGGUGCUGUGCCAAUCCUAGUGAAGAAACUCGAGAGCGCUGUGAUUCAGUUUGUGAUCUCUUCAUUCAUGGGCUUUUCUGCCUCCAUCCAUUCGCUUUGGCUCAGGAAGCUCGCGAACUUCGCCGCCGGACCCUGCAUCCAGCUAAUCAGCCUUACCUGGUCAUCACCAUGGCCCCUCCCACGGAGCAAAGCAUGAGCAAUCAAAUUUAGAGAACCUAGGUCUUUGAUUCCAGAUAUUUGGAUUGGGCCGCCUGUUAUUGACUGUUAAAUUUUUGUGAAGUUGCACAUGUUGUUGCUGUUGUGGACCAAUCUACCACUGUGUGCUUGUCAUAAGGAGUGUCAUGGUGAGAGAAAACGUUGGUGUAAGAAAAUCCAUGCGAGAUGUCAAGGCUUUCAAUCUCCAUUAUUUUAAAGUACUCUUUUUAAUCUGUAUAUGUAUUACUAUCGUUUAUUGUAAGUGUUCUGUAAGACUUUGUGAGCA